UGACCAUGUUGUAAGAUCCAACAUGCCUGAUUAGUGGGUGGGCGACACAGGUGCCAGGUUCAUAUUGCCUCUAUUCCGGUGGCUUUGAGCCUUUGAUAUCUCCGCCAUUUGCUUUGACCCAUUGAUUUACAAAGCGACGAUAGUCCGCAAUAGGAAGGCGUGGUUGUCUGCCGUUUCGAUUGUCCUUGUGGGUGGACUGGCAAAGCGUCUUCAAAGCGUUAUCGUGGAACGAACUCUGCGUCUGCUCUUUCCUGCCACCAACCUCGGCGAAUCUCACUGUUCUCUCCAAAGCUUCACCCACUCAAAAGGAUCCCUGAACCAAGCGCCGCGUUCGCAUAUCUGAAUACCGUCCUCUCGCCGCGUUAGACCUGGAAAUCAUCCUGACAUCACCAUGCAUCCACCUAUUCAGACCCCUCACGACAAUUACAACCCUGAAGAUUCCAUGGAAGAUACUCAACAAGCAACACAAUCCACGCAGAGUGCCUCCCAACAGCCUUUGAAUGGCCCAGACGCCAACUCUCAUCUCUGGGGUUUCCUCCAGCCGUGCGGAAGCCAGCUGCGCCGCAUUGACUUCUUCAAGAUCGCGCCAACAGUCAGCAUCGGGCGUAACCCAGAAGUAAACGAGGUUGUAUUACCCGGCGGUCGAGUCAGUAACAGACACUGUCGCAUCAUCUGGGACGGCAAGGAGGACGAGAAGUCCGCUGUGAUCGUAGCGGACUACUCGAGUAAUGGUACAUGGAUCAAUGGCGUUAGAAUUGGUAAAGACAAGACCGCCAUCCUCAAGGAGGGGAAUGAAAUCGCAUUCGGUACACCCCAACCACAACCAGGGAGUCUGGAAGAUUAUCGUUUUAUAUACCGUCAUACGGCUGCAGGACCGCCCAAGAAAGGUCUGCACGCAUUCUACGAUAUCAGUCAUGAGCUAGGAAAGGGUUCCUUUGCUACGGUGAUGAAGGCAAUUUCGCGCGCGACCGGUCAAUGGUUUGCCAUAAAGAUGAUCCAAGAAAGCCGAAUUCGUCGUAAUAAUGCACAGGAAAACUCACGGAACGUUGAUAAGGAUCAGAAGGAUACUGCGUUUAUUCGGGAAAUCAGUAUCCUUGAGACCCUAGAUCAUGUCAAUAUCUGUAAACUCAAAGAAGUGUUUCGCGAAGGGGAUAACAUCGAUCUCGUCUUGGAGUAUGUGGACGGGGGUGACCUCCUCGAAUUCAUUCUCAGACACGGUGGCCUUGAUGAGCCCAUAGCUAUCCAUCUCACACGGCAGAUCUGCGAGGCACUUGCUUAUAUCCAUGGUAAAGGGAUCGCACAUCGAGAUCUUAAGCCUGAAAACGUCCUGUUGACAUCUGACAACCCUCCCAUCGUCAAAGUCGCAGACUUUGGUCUCGCCAAAGUUGUCGAUAGCCUUACUUUCCUUAAAACGAUGUGUGGCACACCAAGCUACCUUGCGCCUGAAGUCGUUACGCAGAAUAGUGACGAAGGUUACAGUCAUCUCGUCGAUAGCUGGAGCGUCGGUGUCAUCGUAUUCUCUAUGUUAACCAGUUCGAGUCCGUUCGUUGAAGACGAAAACCAGCGUGACAUCAAGAUCCGCAUAGCGGAGCGUGUCAUUGAUUGGAGUACACUCGAUUGCGCAGGGGUGAGCGAACUAGCCAAAGACUUUAUCCGCCAGCUCCUCGAAUACGAUCCACAGAAACGUCUCUCGCUCUCUGCAGCGCGGGGACAUCCAUGGCUGAAUCGGACCUCAGAAGGGUCCCAUCAUGGGCACCGAGAGAUCCGCGAAGAUUCGUCUAUCCUAUCGCUUGAUCCCGCCGAUUCUUCCUUGACAUCUCUCGCCGAUGAAGACAUCGCCUCGAUGGACGCCGCGAUACACAGCGAUGAAAUUGAUGCCGAUGGCCACGGUGGUAUGCACACGAAAUUGGAACGGCUUCAGCUAAAUCAGCAGCACCGCAACGGCAAAAUUGCACUCCAACGACGAAGCCAGGUUCUAGCCGAUGCCGCGGAACACGACAAAGAACUACUUGAACCAUCAUGGCAGAUGUUGAAUGCGGCGGGUGCUUCGCCGCCGUCUCGUGUGGGGAAGCGGAAGCUAGGGGCUGAUGCUGAAUCGAGCGGAGAUGGCGAACAGGGGCGGGGCGGAGGGGCGGAGGCUGGCGGUUGGAAUCUCGAUGGCGUCGCUCCGAAUGGUAGGGGAAACAUAGAUGGUCAACCACAUGACGGAAAGAAAAGAAUUAAUGCUGUAGGCGAGUCGGGACGCAAUGGAAAAACUACCCGUGCAACGAGAGGGAGAGGGCGUGGCGGUAAGUCGCGGUUGCACGAGGCCGCUGCGGGCAUGGUAAUUGAGGAGGAACAUAUGGACCAGUGCGAGGUUCCGACCCCUCCACAGAAACCAAGGAGAUCUUCUCGUCAUUCGCCAGCGAAGAUGGCGCGCAGGGCUUAGCCCUUUGCCCUCCUAUCUCAUUCCACUUUUUUUGACUUCUUAUCCAUUGAUUCAAUAGUGAUGUAUGCUCUCAACCUCACACUCUCGUUUAAUUAUCGUUUUGUGUUGCCCAUUCUUACGUCCUUGGCUUGGCUUACACUCCCAUAUUCCUCUAUCUAGGUCGCACCGUUCAUAUGGUGACCACAGAUCUAUACGUAUAUGUACAUGAUCAUGAUGGAUGAAUGAAUGAAGUAUCUGUAUUAUCCAGAU